AUGAAAUUUCUUUCGAGUGUGGCAGUAUUAUUUUUGCUAAAAUUACUUUGCCACGUUUCCUGUGAUUACGAAAAUAAAAGAAUAGUUUAUCACAGCGAUGACGAUGUAAUACAUGUCAUUAAUGCAUGUUCAAGACGGAAGUAGCUUUAUUGAAAAAUAAAACAACCGAUUUGGAAAGUAAAGUGGCAGCUCUGAAAGGCAAUGACGCAGUCUCGCAGAAUAAAAUAACUGCAUUGGAAUCAGAGCUAACAGCUCUAAAGGCUGCCAAGCCAUCAAUUGGGGUGUCUUACGUUAGAUGGGGAAGAAUAACUUGUCCUGGCAAUGGUACAGAAUUUAUCUAUAAAGGCUACAUGGCAGGUGCUGACUAUACUGAAACUGGAGGUGGAGCCAAUCACUUAUGUUUGCCCGAGGAUCCAACAUGGUCAAAGUAUGUGGAUGGAUACAAUAAUGGCGCAGAAAAAUAUGGUACAGAAAUAGAAUUGGUCGAUCACGUUUCAAGCACGAUAUUUGGAAAACAAACAAACAAUCAAGAUAUUCCUUGUGCCGUAUGCCGAUCGAUUCGUUCAUCAUAUGUCAUGGUUCCAGCACGUGCAAACUGCUAUCCAGGUUGGACGCAAGAGUAUGGCGGAUAUAUAGUAGCAGCAUAUCCCUCUCGACAUAAAGCCGAUUACAUAUGUCUCGACGCAUACUGAAGAAUUGGGCAAAAAUCGAUUCUAUUAUCUUUCCUUGUUUAUUGAGAUCAACGCUAUACCUUGUUGUCUCCCUUCGACCGUCUUGCUAAAUAUCGAUCACUAUCGGAUAUUUUUUAGCGAGUGUUGCAGAUCGUUAUGGUUCGGCUAUCUCCGCUUAUCGUAUCACGGGAGGUGUCGAUCAUAAAAAAAAACAAGGAUUAUAGAUUAGAGAUCUCCUGUAAAAACGUAGUGGGAUGGGUGAUUUAUUUUACACCAAU